AUGCAAGAUAGAAUAGAAAGAGUUGAACAAAAGGAGCAACAACCUAGAACUUCAGAACAUGAAAAUGAAGAUGAAACAAAUUCGACGGUUGAUAUGAGGCAGAAUGAGCGUCGAAAUGAAGGAAGGAGAAUGCGUAAUGAAGAAAGGGUUGAUAAUAACCUAGGAAGUAUCAAGAUGAAGAUUCUAUCCUUCCAAGGCAGAAAUGAUCCAGAAGCUUACUUGAGUGUGAAAGAAAGAUGGAGUUGGAGGAGAAAUGGUGAAAGACCCAUUGAAACAUGGGAGGAAAUGAAAGCUAUCAUGAGAAGGCGAGGAAUAAGUAUCGGAGCUGUUCUAAUGCAAGAAGGACGUCUCAUUUCCUUCUUUAGUGAAAAGCUAAGUGGAGCUGCUUUACAUUACCCUACAUAUGACAAGGAGUUCUACGCACUGGUCAGGGCUUUGGAAACAUGGCAAUACUAUCUUUGGCCAAAGGAGUUUGUGAUUCACACAAAUCAUGAAUCCUUAAAGCAUUUGAGGGGCCAACACAAGCUAAACAAGAGACAUGGCAAAUGGAUGGAAUUUAUUGAAACAUUUCCUUAUGUGAUUAAGUACAAGAAGGGUAACGAAACUGUUGUGGCUGAUAUUGCUUGGGGAUUUGAGUACAUUAAGGACUUGUAUGCUGAUGAUCUUGACUUUGGUAAUGUAUUCAAAGCAUGUGAGAAAAAUUCAUUUGGAAAGUUCUUUAGACAUGAGAGAUAUUUGUUUAGGGAGAAACAAUUUUGUGUGCCUAAAAUUUCAUUGCGUGAGUUGCUUGUUAAAGAAGCUCACGGGGGAGGUUUGAUGGGGCAUUUUGGAGUGUCUAAAACCUUAGAUGUUUUGCACGAACAUUUCUUUUGGCCUCAUAUGAAACGUGAUGUGGAGAGAGUCUGUGAGGGAUUCAUUACUGAUAAACAAGCUAAAUCUAAAGUUAAGGCUUAUGGGUUGUAUACCUAUACCUAA